AUGCAUCUGACAACUCGUAGUGCCCUUGAGGACUUGAGGGAGGACUCAUUUGUCCUUGAUGAUGUGGCUAUAACAUUCACCCAGGAGGAGUGGGCUUUACUAACACCUUCACAGAAGAAGCUCUACAGAGAUGUGAUGCAGGAAACCUUCAGGAACCUGGAAUUCAUAGGUAAAAAAUGGGAAGAUCAUGACACUGAAAAUCAGUACAAAAGCCAGGGGCCAAAACGAAGAUUUCUUGUGUUAAAGAAAAUCCAUGAAGGGGAAAAGGUUAGUCAAUGUGGAGAAAAUGUCAGUCUUAUUCCAAAUCUCUCCUAUUCCAAGAGAAAUCUGAACAAGAAGUCUCUUCCUGGAAGAAAACCAUAUGAAUACAGAGCAUGUGGGGAAGUCUUCAUGGAUCAUCCACCCCAUAAUAGGCAAAUCAGACGUCACACUGGACAUACACUGUCUGAGGAUCGGAAAUGUGGAGAGAAGCCAUAUAAAUGUGACAGAUGUAGGAGAUCCUUUAGUUCUCUUCAGUGCUUUGAAAAACAUGAAGGAACUCACACCAGAGAGAAACCCUAUAAAUGUGGGGAAUGUGGAAGAGCCUACAUGUGGCUCAAAACCCUUCAAAGACACAUGGUAACCCACACUGGAGAUGCUCCUUACAGAUGUGAUGUGUGUGGGAAAACCUUUAGUACUUUAGCUUCUCUUCAGUCAUGUGAGAGAAGCCACACUGGCAAGAAUCUCUGUAGGUGUCAGUACUGUGGGAAAGUCCUUAGAAAUUAUAACAGCCUUCAAAGACAUGAAAAAUGUCACACCGAAGAGAAACCCUAUGCAUGCAAGUUAUGCGGGCAGGCCUUCAGAUAUUACAGCUCCAUAGAAUUACACAAAAUGAUUCACAUAGCAGAAAAACCCUAUAAAUGUAAGGAAUGUGGAAGAGCAUUCAAACAGUACAGGUCCUUGGAAGCACACACAGAGAUCCACACAGGGCAGAAAUCCUAUCAGUGUAAACAUUGCGAUCGAGCCUACAGUCACCUCAGCUCCCUUCAAGAACACAUGAAAAUGGUCACUGGAAACACUCCUUUUCAGUGCAAGGAGUGUGGGAAAGCGUUCACUCGACUUAGCUGGUAUCGAAGACAUGAAAGAAGUCACACUGGAGAGAAACCCUAUGGAUGUAAACAAUGUGGUAAAGCCUACAGAAAUUCUGGUUCCUUACAAGUACAUAAAAGAAAGCAUACUGGAGAGCAGACUUAA